AUGUGGCGGCUUCAGUUGCUUUACGUACUCGCCACUCUCAACGUCGUGCAGUGUGGUCAUCACCUUUGCCCUGGAGGAUACAGUCGUGGGCAAUAUCUCGAUGCAUCGAUGAAGAAGUAUCUUCUCUGCUGGGAAGUGGAUUGGUCUGACAGGUCGAUCACGUUCUCAGCUAAAGUCGCCACGACAGGAUGGAUUGGGCUCGGUUUCUCACCAACUGGCUUUAUGCCCAACUCCGAUGUGGUCAUUGCAUGGGUGAAAGACGGUCGAAGAUACUUGAAGGAUCGUUUUGCAACUGCGAGGGCACAGCCGCCAAUUGACGACAUUCAAAACGUCAGACUGUUGUCGUUCAGUGAAGCAGACGGAAUGACGACGUUGGAAUUCAAACGAGACCUGGAGGCGUUCGAGCCGAAGGACAGAAGCAUUGAGGAGGGAACCACUCGAGUCAUCUUUUCAUACAACCCUAACGAUCCCGCAUCAGAAACGGCAGUAGACAAGCACACAUUUGCAGGGAAAAUCAGUGUCAACCUACUGAGCGGAACCGGCAACGUAGAACCGGCCCCUCUAGAACCGGACCACAAGACGUUCGACGUUCUGAAUCACAAUGCAAGACCAUUUAAUUAAUAGACAUGCGAUGACAUGAUUUUAUUGGAAUUAUAAUUACACUCUGU